AGAUCUCUCUCUGUAUCUAUAUACCAAAGAUCUGGAAUAUUAAAACCUGAAACGAAUUCAAUCCAUUGUAUCACAUCAUCUCCGCAGAUUCAAUAAAAAAAAAUUUCUUUUUUAUAAGAAAUUCAGAGCUGGUAGUGCUUGUGGAACUUUGAUCAGUUCGACUUUGGAAUUCAGAACACAUGACUUUGGUCAAACUUAACAGUGUAUAGAGCCAAAACUAGCUGAAGAGGAUUCAUACUAAUUCAUGUGUUGAUUUUGAUUAUUUUAGUGGAUGACGAUUAGAUGGCUGUGACAAUAGUUUGGGGAACAAAAUGGUAGAAAGUGAUUCAAACACCGGUAAAGUUGUUCAUAAUGAAAGAUUUGAUUUCCAAAGGGAUCCUUCGUUUUCGGGAUGGGGUGAAAAAGAUGGGCUUAAUGCAAAGGGUGUACAUGAGGGCGAGAUUGUGAAUACGUCUGAAGUGGAUGAUGGUUUUAGACUGCCGGUGCUUCGAGAAGUCGGGUUACAGAGUGAAUAUUUGGAGGUUGAUGUAAAGAUGAAUGGAAGUAGAAGCGUGGACAUGGUUUCUUCGCCUAGUCCAAGAAGAGGAAAUGGAAAUAGAAAUGAGAAUUUUGCAUCAUUGGAUAUUGAAGAUGCUCAUGACAGUGAGUUAUACAAACAUAAAAGUGGUCCGUCAAGCCCCAAGAAUCCAAUUGCUGCGUCUGAUAUACUCAAGACGUUGUUUUUGAUACUUACGUGGUACAUUUUUAGUACAUUAUUGACUCUGUAUAAUAAGACUUUACUGGGAGAUCAUCUGGGAAAAUUCCCUGCUCCCUUGUUGAUGAAUACUGUUCAUUUUGCAAUGCAAGCUGUCUUAUCAAAGGGCAUCACAUACUUUUGGUCUCAUAAGUUUGAACCAAUUGUACCUAUGUCACGGAAGGACUACUUUAUGAGAGUUGUACCGACAGCUCUUGCAACUGCACUGGAUAUCAACUUGAGCAACGCAUCCCUUGUUUUUAUCUCUGUAACAUUUGCUACUAUGUGCAAAUCUGCAUCUCCUAUAUUUCUCUUGAUUUUUGCUUUUGCAUUCAGGUUGGAGACUCCAAGUGCCAAACUUCUAGGCAUUAUUUUGAUAAUUUCUAUUGGGAUUCUGUUAACAGUUGCAAAAGAAACUGCAUUUGAAUUUUGGGGGUUCAUAUUUGUCAUGCUUGCCGCUGUUAUGUCUGGUUUCCGUUGGAGUAUGACUCAGAUCCUUCUUCAGAAAGAAGUCUAUGGUCUGAAAAACCCCCUGAUGCUGAUGAGCUAUGUAACUCCAAUAAUGGCCUUGGGAACGGCUUUAUUCUCUCUCAUCUUGGAUCCAUGGGAUGAGUUCAGAAAGAGCAUUUAUUUUGAUAGCUCAUGGCAUAUUGCCCGAAGUGGCCUCUUGAUGCUUUUUGGGGGAACUCUUGCUUUUUUUAUGGUGCUAACUGAGUACAUCCUUGUUUCAAUAACGAGUGCAGUAACUGUGACUAUUGCCGGAGUUGUGAAGGAAGCUGUCACCAUACUGGUGGCAGUAUUUUACUUUCAUGAUGACUUUACAUGGCUGAAAGGAGCCGGCCUUGUCACCAUUAUGUUUGGCGUGAGUCUAUUCAACUGGUACAAGUACCAAAAAUUCCAGAUCAGAAUUGCAAGUGGAAGUGACACAGAAGUAUCUGACAAGAAUAUUCCUGCGAAAUAUGUUAUACUUGAGGAUAUGGAAGAAGAAGAAGAAAGCAGUUUUUGAAUGCUGUUACCUGUUCCUUUACAAGUUACAAAAGUAUGAACCCCUUGUCAGUUAUUAGUCUUUUUAUUUUUUGUAGAUUCUAUACAUGUUUUGGGGUUCAUUCUAAAAUGUCAAAUCCAUUUUUGUAGAUGAUGCAUAAUCGAUUAAAAAUGUACUUGUUUGCAUAUAUCAGUGUUCUUUUCGGUGUAAAUGCCUUUGCCAAGCGGGCAGGAUAUAUAACAGAUGUACAAUUCAAUUCAUGUACAUGCAAAUGCAAUCAUAAUAUGUUCUCAUUGUAA